AUGAUGUUAAGAAAUAUCUUAAAUAAAUCAAAAGCAAAAUUGCACGUAGCUAAAUUUCAUAAUUUCUCAAAAGAAUCUUUUAAAGUUGUUGAAGUUGGACCAAGAGAUGGAUUGCAAAAUGAAAAGCAAAUAAUUCCUACGAAAACAAAGGUAGAAUUAAUUAAUAAACUUACUACUACUGGACUUAAAACAGUCGAAGCAACAAGCUAUGUUUCACCAAAAUGGGUACCACAAAUGGCUGAUCAUAAUGAAGUAAUUUCAUUAAUUGAACACACUAAAGGUGUUUCAUAUCCUGUUCUUGUGCCAAACAUGGCUGGACUAAAUAAUGCUUUAAAAAAUAAGGAUGUCAAAGAAAUUGCAGUUUUUGGAGCUGCUUCAAAUACUUUUUCAAAAAAAAAUACAAAUUGUACAAUUGAUGAGUCUCUCGUUAGACUUAAGGAAGUAACUAAACAUGCCUUAGACUCUGGAUUAACUGUUAGAGGAUACGUCUCAUGUAUCAUUGGAUGUCCAUAUGAAGGAAAGAUAAAUCCAAAGAUUGUUGCAAAUAUAACUGAACAAUUAAUUGAUGCUGGAUGUUAUGAAGUUUCACUUGGUGAUACUAUUGGUGUUGGGAGUGCUGGUUCAAUGGAUAAUCUUUUGAAUGAAGUAUUGAAAGCAGUUCCUGCAUCCAAAUUAGCUGUACACUGUCAUGACACUUACGGUCAGGCAUUAACAAAUGUCCUUGUUGCAAUUGAAAAAGGAAUUAGAACAGCAGAUAGCUCUGUAGCUGGACUUGGAGGUUGUCCUUAUGCUAAAGGAGCAACAGGAAAUUUAGCUACAGAAGAUUUGGUUUACAUGCUUCAUGAUCUUGGUUUCAAAACUGGUAUAAAUAUUGAUAAAUUAGUUGAAACGGGUAAUUGGAUUUGCAAUGAAAUGAAAAGAGAAAAUGUAUCCAAAGCUUCAAACGCUUUGAAAGGAAAAAUAUCAAACUAA